UAAAUUAUCUGUGUCAGCAGUCAAACUUAAAAAAAUCCUCUUAAAGGAAGUGAUUUCAGAAAACACAGCUCAGUCAAGACAGAAACACCAUUGGAAUUCUUCAGAUUUCAAUAACCAAACCCUCAGUCAUUUGCAUUAGCACCAUCUUAAGAAAAAUGGUCCACCAGAGAGAGAUCAUAAUGUGUUUGGUUUUGACAGCAGUUUGCAGCCCAGUGUUUGGAGAAUCAUGGAGGGCCUCUGUUACAAAAAACAUUGACGCCUUAGUCGGGUCCUGUGUUGUGCUGCCCUGUACAUUCACUCAUCCAGGGGGGGGACUGUCUAACUCCAGACUUAGGGGCAUCUGGCAUCGUAAAGACAAAUGGGAAGAGUUCUUCUACCAUGAGGACAACACAAAGAUCUUAGACAGUUUUAAGGGCCGAACAAAGUUGAUGGGAAGACUGGGUGAAAGCAACUGCACUUUAGAAAUAAUUGAAGUUAAAGAUCAUGACAAUGGUCCUUUUUGUUUCCGUGUUGAAUUAGUGAGAAAAGACAACAACCAACCCACUAGUGAAAAGUUCUCAUUUGUUGAGGAAUGCGCUGAAAUCAAAAUGCUCCAUGACCCACCUAAGCCCAAACUGGGUCCACUAAAGACAGCCAUUCAAGGCAAACCCUACACAAUCACUUGUUCCAUCCGGCAUACUUGCCCUUCUCAUCCACCUAAACUUACAUGGACUCAUGGAACUGUGGAUGAUAUCAUUGAGUCUCAUGAAGAUGUUUAUUCAGGGGUUUGGCAAACAGAGUCCGUUCUGUCUUUCAUUCCUGAAGAAAAGGAUGACGACUCCCUGCUCACCUGCACAGCAACCUUUAAUGGAAAUAUAAGAUCCAACACAGAUUUCAGACUGAAUGUAAAACGGACCGAAAACUACAACCACAUCAUCAUUCCCACUGUUACUGCAGCUACCACCGCUGUGAUGUUUGGACUCCUGUGUCUUUUUAUGACGAAAAAGUACAAGAAACGCAUUCAAGAGCUUCAAAGUCAGGAUGGCAGCAUGUGGAACAGGAUGUCUAGACUGUCUCGCAGGCUCCGUUCUGGUGCCUCAGGACCAACUCGCUCUGAACAAAGAAGGUCUAUUUGGAGCAGAUUUUCCAGGAGACCUCCAAGAAGUGGCUGUGAUCAGAGUCCUAAUAAUGCGCACAGUGGUGGAGAGAAAGUUAGCAAGCCUCGCUUCCCAUCUCCAAAGAGCCAGCCAAAAUCCAGCAAUCACAAAAAGGACUUUGAUGACAAUGAUGAAUACAUGAACACGGCAGACCUAAAUGUUUAUGGAAAUAUUUAAAUGCAAUGUAGCUGAAAGCAGCUUUUUAAUGUGAGAGUUAAUGAUAAAUGUAUGUAACCAGUGUAAUCAUUAGAAACUUUGGUUUUAAGUUCUUGGUAGUUAAAAAAAUACAUAUUUUACACAUAUAUGCAGAUUUCAGGCUUCGCUAUACCAGCUAUGCUAAUAUAUGUCUUAACACAUUUUUACUCAUACAAACAUAUUGUGUAUUAGCUAAGUUGAUAUAUAUGUAUGGCAAAUAAAAUGUA